AUGCUUGAUCUCUUGGUAACGUGUGUCCAUUUUAGACCCAUGGAUCUAGCACCUCUACUGAUUGCAGCUUCCAGUUCUGAUCCUCAGGCAGUGCAAUUAGCAAGUGCUCAGCUUGAGGGUUUGUUCACCUCUGACCCUCUUUUCAUCUGUCAUCUUGCUGACAUCGUUCUCUCGCCCUCUAACUCACUUCCAGCUGCGGCUGAAAUUUUUGGGCUUGUCCAUCUGAAAAACCUUGUUGCCAUCUCUUCUCAUUGGGCUCAUUUUGAUCGAGCUCAACAGGAAUUUCUAAUUUCUUCUCUCCUCAAACAUAUUUAUCGAAACCCCACUCCAAGUCUGUUCGUCUCAGAAAUUCUUGGCUGUGUUUUUCGUCACGAAUGGAGUCGUGGCACCUGGCCCGAAGAAAUUUGGAACGCUAUAAUUGAGUCGGGUGCCUGGACACCACUUCGACGUUGCGUACAGCGUGCGGCCGCUUUGAGGCUCACAUUUCGUCGACGGGUUCUCGCUUCGCAUAUCUACACUAUCCUCCCACGUCUUAUCAGUCUUUGGAUAGAAACUGAUUCCCCAGAACUUCUACACACUGUAUACACUUGUAUCACUGUGCUGGAUGUCUCGAUAGCCAGCGACAUGAUGUCUAUCCAUGCUGAGAUGGUUGGAUGCCUAAUUACUCAUGCGCUAUCGCGACUACUGUCUCCCAAAUGUAAUAAUCCAAAGCGUCUGGCAAAAUUACUCCACGCGGUUUUAUUACUUAUCCCAUCAGAAUUACGCAGCUCUUGUGCUGUAGUCACACUGGAAGCGAUCUUAUCAGUAGUUGAGGAUGAUUUGUCUAAUCGGAACACGAUACUCUGGUGUCUAGCUCUCAUCUUUAACAUCAUCUCUGCGACAUUUUGUGAUAGUUUACCAAACGACCAACUUUCAAAAUUUCCGUCAAUCACAUCUGAAGCGAGAUCACAAGUUCUUUCUUGGUUGUCUUCCCCUAACAACAAAACCCCUCAUUACACUAACGUAGUGUGCCUUCUCUUGAGUCUCAUGCGCUCAUGGAUGCCACUUCUUCUUUCCGAAAUAGAGGCACUUUCCUCAGAUCCAGAGUCUGCUUAUUCUAGCGGUGGCGCUCACUGUGUCAGCAAUGGGGGGGAUUCCUCGGUUUUCUUUGCCGUGGCAUUUUGGAAUCUGGAAUCUGUUUCUGAUGUUGCUGAAUUUGUCCCAGUGAAGUCUGAGAUACCCCCUAACUUGCGUCAGCUAGCUGAGUCCACUUUCCGUCUACUUUCAAAGCAUCUAAAUGAACAACUUGAAGCUAUCCUGCCUCCGGCAAUCGAGGAGCUUAUGAACGGCGAAGGCAAAGCGAAAGAAGUAGGACUGCGAUGCGCCCAAUUUUUGCUCGAAGUUGUCCCAGAGAAGUGGUGUGGACGGGUGGAUACCCUUCUGCGAAUCACUGCGAUGCUGCCUGUGGAACCGCUAGUGGUUGGUCGUCGAAUGGCUCUGCUGGUUCGGCGCGCACUUAUUACCUCAGAGAUGUCGGAAACGAAGACAAAGAAUUGCAUCGAAGCAAUUUCACAACUGACCGGAUACAUGGGUUCGCUUUGUAACCCGAAGAACUUCCGUAUCGCAAUCCAUCUCUCAGCGGCCUAUUGCCUCUCAUGGCUCUUUGAAAACUCUCUCUUUCCUUCUGAUACCCUUGCCAAAGCACCUGCUUCAACUCUCCAACAAAUUCUCGAUUACCUAGCCAAUCUUGCUCAAGAGGUAGAAGAAGUUGAAACACAACUUUUGGUUUUGCAAUAUCUGCAGGCCAUAUUUGAGAACCCACACGUAGAGACGCAGUUCAAUUGCUUUAUCAAUACGGUACAGCAACUCUGGAAGAUCGGUGAGGGCACAAUUUCACUGAGAGCAAGUCUAAUCGACCUCAUAGCAACGGUCAUGCGAUCACUGAACGCAGACGUUACUUCAGCGGCAGACAUUGCAGCAGCAGCUCAGUUAACUCGCCUUACGGUUUUCUCUGUGCUUUUGCCUGAUCUCACGCGUUUUAUACGAUUUGGAUGCGGUGGAGGCGAAGAUAACAGCAGCACCGGAGAUGUUGAGGUGUUUGGUGAUUCCUGUCUCCGACUCUGGCACGCCCUUGUCACUGGGGUCGGGGCUGUCUGGUCGUCGCCUCUAGAAUCUCUGAUGCCGCUCCUCACUGAAGAUAAUGGAUGUAGCGCUGGGAGUGACCAGCGAACCCUAUAUGCCAGGCUGGAGACUGCUGAACAAGCACAGCUAUUCUUUAGUAUCGCCACUGGUUGUCUCCGUCUCGCCGCUUCAUCGGAAUUUCUUGUUACCUGGACUGAGGUCUUCUGGCGACCUUUGCUUCGUGAGACUAUCAAUGCUAACGCAAUGCGAGCAGACAUUGUGGCUGAGCGAUUCCUCAACUCCGCCCUUGACGUUCCAGUCGACGAAAAAUCUGACCUCUUAUUGGAGCAACUGCAGCUGCUGGUAUCAUGGAGCAGUCAGUUGAUUCGAUACCGUGUUCCCUUUACUCCGAGUAUUUGUUGUUUGUUGAUACUCCACACUCGCGUCUGCCUUCUUCAAGCUCCUGCGAAGGUACACGACGACUCAGCGUUCAAGAGCAAUCAGCUCCGACUACUCUUGUUGGCGCAGUUGGCUGCAUCUCAUAGUCACUGGAACUUCUUGUUGACUUUGCUAACCACUGUCGAGGCGGGUGCACUGAGCCCUCGAGAUUUAGAGAAGGAUUCCCUUCAUCUCUCCGCUGGGUACGGUAGUGGCGUUACUGGGGCCACAGCUGGCUGCCAACGUUGCCUCGAUGCCUUUCUUAUAAGAUUAUUGGAACGCGCGGACGCGCUUAACAACCGUCUUCAUCGACGCUGUUUCGCUCUUGCUUCAAUCUAUUGCCUGCGUCAUUUGACUCCCUGUGAUAGGCUUUAUGCUGAAUACUUGGAACCUGUGAUCAGUCUUUGUGUUCAGGUUUUCGUAAUUGCCAUUUUUUGCUACAAACAGGUCCUCUACGAACUAGACGACUGUCCUCCCACUGCAUUUGACGGAACGGCUUGGAACCCUCCUUCUGCUGUCACUCGUUCACGACUAUUGGAGUCAUCGCUGCAAUAUUUCCUCGGUGACAUCUCAGCUGUCGCAGAAACUUAUGUAGAUCCCGCUCUCCUCUCUCAAUUUAAUCCAAAACGUGGCUGA